AUGGAACGCUUUUCUGAGGGAGUCCACUUUCUGCAGAGUUGCUCAGUCAAGAACUCAUUCCUCCAAUUUACGGAUAGCCUAGAUGAGGAGGACUUGGACUCGUUUUGGCGUCGCUCGUGUUCCGCACCCGCAGAGGGCUCAUCAAAAGCAAAUCUCAUUGAUGACAGACCCGAAGAUGGACAAGAAGCUGGGCAGGAUAGGAAUCAGACAACUGGGUGGGAAUUGCAUGAGGCAGGCCGUUGCCAGCCUUGCAGAUUCUAUGCGGUGAAGGCAGCUGGUUGCAAGCGCGGAGAUGCUUGCUUGUUCUGCCACUUCUGCGAUGGUGCCAUUGCUCGUCGAGAUCAGCAGAAGGCAAAGCAUCUCACGAGAAAGUUGCGGCGCCAGCGUGGACGCAGCAAAGAGGAGAACCAAGCAGCUGAAGAAGCGCCUUUUGAGGAUGCGACAAAGCCCAGUCAGCACACCCCUCAACCCUCAGGUUCUGAAAGGAGUAGCAUACCAGUAGGUCCUGUCUCCAGAGUUUUUUUUGAAGUGGGUGCUGGCGCCGUGCAGGUUGGAUACUCAAUCUAG